AUGCACGCAGAUCCUCCGCAACACGCGAGGCUCGCAAAAAGUGGCGCGGCGCCCCUCGCGACACCCGCUGCUCGCGAAGCGGAUGAUGCGGACGGUUUGCGCGGCGCCCAUUCCGACGCAUUAUCGCGGGGACCGCAUGACAAGUGCGGAGGGUCUUCUCUGGAGGCGACGACGCGGCCGACGGACGCGGUAGUGACCGCGGAGUCGAUCCGGCGGGAUGUGGAGAGGAGCAUCGGCUUCGCCUCGGCCCUGCACCGUCAGCGCUGGGAGGAGGCGUGGCUGGGGCGCCUCCCGCUCUCCAGUUACCUGCGACAUUGGGGGAGCGCCGUCGUGCACGCGGGGGCGGGGCUCCAGCUCUCCAGGCGGGGCCGCGUGCUGCAGGCAUGGGUGCAGCGGUACUUUGUGCUGGCGUGGUCGCUGCUCUACAUCUUCGACGGCGACGGUUCCAAGGACAAAUGCCGCGGCGCCGUCUACCUGCACCGCGCGGAUGUGCAAAAGACACGCGUGAGCGGCCGCCCCGUCAUUGUGGUCACGCCCGUGACGCCGAAGAAGCCACCGGAGCUCGGCAUGGAGACGUUCGCCUCCUUUACUAUGUCUGUGGAGGCCGACCGACUGCUGGAAAUCUGGUUUGUUGCCCUGCAGAAGACAAGCGCCGCGGCCCUCUCGCCCGGCUCUGCGGCACUGCAGCAGACGAACACCUCCGGCCUCGCCUUGAGCCCCGCAAGAGAGCCACAGCCGCAGUCACAGUCACAAGCGGUGCGUGUGGCGUCGACGCCAGAGGCGCGGCUUGAUGCGGAGGGCGCACUCCCCUCGCCACCUGCCUCUGUUGUGGCUGCAGCCGCCACCGAUGCCGGAGAUGAAGCGGCUGCCGUGAAUGGCCUUGACACUCCCAGCCGCAACCAGGUUGCUCUUUGGAUGCGUGAGACAGGCGCGGAGCCGUCUCCCCGCCCUGAAGAGCAGCCACAGGUGACUAUCACCGCCAACGCGGCGGCUUCCGCUGCACCGGAGGACCGCGAAACGAUCAUUGAGGCGUACCGGCUGCAGCUGCAACAGGUUACGGUGAGCGCGUCCAGCGUCAAGGCCCGUCUACGACGCAUGGCGGAGAGAAAAGACAAGCUGCAGCUUGGAGAGGUGCUUUUACAGUUCGUGCUGAGCCACGUCAACGACGCCGCGGCGCUCUGGGCACUGAUUGACCACGUGGACGAGUUGCCGGAUGCGCUGCCGCAAACCCCUGCCACGUCCGUGCCGAGGUCGCCCUCCUGCCGCGGGGGAGAAGGGCACUCAAUGCUCCCCGGCACCUCUCCAGGUCAUGCUGCCAGCAACGGGACCGCGUUGCGUAUGUCGCCAAAUUGUGUUGGGCGGCACUUAUCGUCUAUCGAAAAAGUCCAAACUGAAACUAGGGAAGAUGGGGCGGUCGCGAGUCCGCUGAGCCACACGUCAAGGGACACGGUGGGGGCUGUCCCCUCUGCGGCUCACGCGCCCCACGCCGUCGAAGUGGAAUGGCGUCAGCGCAUGCGGCGCCUGCAGCAGCGCCGGGGCGUCAUUGACAGCAUUCUCAGCGAGCUACCAAAUUUCGCGUGA